AUGGAUGUGUUCAGCCGUGUUAAUAAUUAUGCCAUCGGUUAUAAGUUAAUUAUAUUCAUUGAACGUACGGCUAAAAUGAGGGUGGGCAUUUGGUGUUGGAAGUUGUUUAUAGUGGAUUAUAAACGGUGCGCUGAGAAAGAGUUUCCCAUAAAUGACAGUUGGGGCACUCAGUGGGGUGAUAAUGGCUAUAUACGUAUAGUAAGGGGUAAAACUAUGUGCGGUGUUGGUGAUGGUGGUUAUGUGGCUGCAAGUGAAAAAUGA